ACAAAAUGGCUUCAUUGUCAGAGAGGAGUCUCAGAGAGCAAGGGUUACUGUCAUCACGUGAAGACCAAACUCCGUAACGCUCGUAAGAUCGUAGGGGCUAGAAGUUAUAAUUUUGUUCGAGUGUAGCUGCUUACACAACAAAAUCUAGUGUUUAACUUGACUACAAUCGAUUGGCCUGGUGUGCGUUAUUGGGCCUGAUUUCGUUAUGUCCUUCUUUGAUUAUCAUCAAAACGAUAAACUCUCGAUCUGAUAUUCAAAUGUUGGUCGAAUUUUUAAACAGUGAUUAAUUGCGAGGAGCUAACUCUGUGACACUUUUGUACAUGGUAUAAUCGAAGAUGUCAGAUUUGAAAUUGAAAUGUCGAAACCCUGAUGUGAAUAUGGUCGAGAGAUUCGGUGACCAUGGCGGGUACUUUGACUUGGUGGUUCGUCCGAUAUUGCAGCAAGGUCACGAGGGUGAACUGUGCAGUUGGUUGAAAGAGAUGAGCUUGAUACGGACAGUCUCCAAUUGUCCCCAUUCAACCUGCAAGAGGCGAACGAUGAUAUGGAACCCUGCUAGGAUAAUAGACAAAUAUAACUGGGGUUGUCCGCAAUGCAAUAAAAAAUUGUCAAUAAGAGAGGGAUCUUUUUUCCUCGCUAUAAAAUGUGACUUAAAAUUAUGUCUUCAAACGAUAUUGGGAUGGUGUCAAGUUGUCCCCGAAACAGUCGCUGCCAAUUAUCUCAAUCUUAAGGUACAUGUGGUCAAACGCAUUUACGAGAGAUGCACACAGGUCGCAAACGCAUACGUAGACAAUCACCCGGAGGAAUGGAGUUUGGGGGGGAGGGACCGUGUCCUAGUUGUCGAUGAAUUUCCUGGAGGAUAUAUGGGUGCUGAGAAUCCUAUCGACGUGACCGUUCACAAAAAACGUAACAACAAUUCGCAAACGAUACUUUGCAUAGCCGAAGCCAGUGCGAUUCCACCUCGUAUGUGGUUUCACAUGAUAAAAGCUGUUCCAGAGGUACCAGUUCCAAACGCUGGUAAAUGCGGCAUGGUAGAAGAAGCGCUCAAGGAAGUCGUUCGACAUGCAGCGCCUGGGAGUUUUAUUGUGGCAAAUAGCAGAGCCAGGUGUUGCAGUUAUGAAUCAUUGCAGGAGCUAAAACAGUUCAAGGUCAUAAGCGUUGAGAACCUACAAAAAUUUGAUGCUCCUGGCACAAAUAAUCUCCUCCAUAAUCUCGAAACCAUAUGGCAGACUGGUGUAGAAGUUUGCGAAGAUGUCCAAGAAGCUACACAAUCCAUGGGACAGCAUAUUCUAUCCACACAUUUGUGGAGACAAAGGUUUGGCACGACAUCUUCGACCGCCUUCCAAUAUAUGCUACAUCACAUUGCCGAGUGUUAUCGAUUCAUUUAGUUGCAUAUGUUUAAGCUAUUUUUACUGGCUGAUAAUUUUGACGUGCAAUGGUACGCUGCUGCAUUUGGAAAAUCAAGCCAAGAUUUUAUUAUGACUGACGGGUCUGUGUUAAUGUUUGAACGUCCACAUUAGCUGAUGGUAUUUGAAAACAUUGAAAACGAUGAUGAAAUAUUUAUUACACGAUGGUAGUAUGGAUUGUUACAAAUCGAGCAAACCGCGAUCUUCAUCGCUUAUUUCAUAUUUCACAAUAGAUUGUCACUAGCGUCUAGCUCUGGACUACCAUCAGGCUCUAACACUCUUUUCAAUUACUGAAUUAAUCGAUAAUUUCACUCACCGUAUUGACCAUAUUUGAAAUUAUCGAUUUUAAAGAUCAGUGUUAAGUAUUGAUACUUUUCCUCGAUUACCGAGUUGUAGUGACUUUUUUUGUAUCGGUUGUUGGUUAUAAUCAAUUUGCCACUGCUCAGUAGUCAUAUAUACUUAUAAGAGGGCGUAGCGUCAUUUGGGUUCGGAGGAAUAAUUACUACCAACACCCGAUACACCCGACAGGGUAUGUCCACAGAAGUCUUUUUGGCUUCUACAGGGAAAGAAAGAGGAUCAUUAAUCGUCAUUAUACGUCUGCAGCUGUCGUAAAAUCUCCAUUAGAAAAACCCACAUUCCCACAAGGGACAAAGAAAACUGCAGGAAACCUUGCCCAGGUGUAGAUGGACCGAGUUCAAACCUCUAAUCGUUGAUUCGGCACCUGAACGACAUGACCUCUCUUCAAAUUUUUGCGAGCUGCCGCUCAGGUCUUCAGUCAGGCUGGAGAUUCGAACUCUAGUCCUCCUGCUCCGCAGUCUCGUACGCUACGCGCCUCACUACUACGGUUGGAGUUCCAAAAUGUAAAAAAUAAUAGUCCAACACUUCAACCCCCUACAUCAAUGGAAAUCCAUAAACAACCAAACCAGGAUUUUCACUAUUCGAUACGGAAAAUAUAUACUGUCUGUGGAAACAAAUUUUUUUUCGCCGCAAAAUUCUAACUGUAUUAAAGAGUAUGAGCAAUUUGCGACAAAAAAUAUUGUUCUCCUCAUGAUUUUGGUGAACAAAAUAAAUGUUCAGUCCCAAAUUGUUUAUAUGUUUCAAAAAAAAAAUCCGAACUUUGCAAGUAGAAGCAUUUUUUUAUCCAACAAUGAGAGUCAUCCCUGUAUGGAGAAAAUACGAGCUUAGCAGCACACAACCUCCCAUUGAUGUAAGGAGUUACAAUUUUAGACGCAAUGUUUUAGAAUGAUUUGGAACAUGUUUGAUGGACGUCACGAUGAAAAUUUCCCUGAACCAAAAUUAAGGAUGACCCAUACACUUAUAUUAUAAACACAAUGAGUAUAUUGAUUAGUGUUAAAAUUAUAUAUUUUAUAAAAGAUUUUUACAAAGUAUUUUAGUAUUGAAAGUUGCAAUGUUUUACGAGAAUAUUGCGAAAUGGAAGUCUUCCAAAUCUUUUGAUACAUUUGCACAAUGUGAGACUAACGCAAGUGCCUUUUAUAUUAAUAAGAGUUAUCCUGAUAAUAAUAAUGGUAAUAUUAAUAAGGAUGAUAAUAAUAGUUGAUAAUGGUGAUGAUGAUGUUGAUGGUGACCA